AUGGGUCUCAAGUGGAUCGAGUCUUAUGUAUCCAAUAACCAAGGCUUUCAACUUGAUAUCGUCGGUUUCCUUGCUAUCCUUGGAGAAGGUUCCGUCGAAACCAUUGCCCAAGUAGCAACCUUGAGUUACCUCAUCUACGUUCCCCGUCUCCUACCUGCGCCUCAAAUAUUCAUUCGACCGCUGCGCCCCGAAAAGCUCGAAACUACUGCAAACGCCAAAGUCAUUGGCGUUCAUUCCGGUAAUACCGGUGAAGACAUCCACCAUGUGGCUCACGCACUACACCGUGGGGACAAGCUGCCUCCUAAUACCGUGAGCUGUGUUAGAGUGAGAGAAAAUGAGAACCCCCGGCCAUCUAUCAAACGGUUUGGACCGUUGGCAUGGCUUUCGUUCCUGGGCUUUGCCCUGUCGGCCACCUUGUUGGGUCUUUCGUUAUAUUAUGAUGAUGGUAUGUCAUUACUUGCUACACUUCUUCUCUCCUUUCUGGGCACUGUCACCGGUAUCGCCAAUAAAUGGAGCCCGACACCGAACGACCCGAAACCUGAUCCUCAUUCGCCUCCCGGAGAUGUAGUGAUUAAGUAUCCACAGGGAGCCUUCAUUGUGGUUACAUGCGAGGAGCGUACUGCUCGGUAUCUCUACUUUAAUCCUAGUGAGAGAUGCAUCUAUUCUGUCAAGAGUACCGCUAUAUAUCGAGGUCUUUCACUAGUGUCGACGCUGCUGCUUAUGGGUGGGGUUAUCUCUUUGGCCAACGCUCGUAUCGAAACCCAAACUGCAUUUGCAGGGUCUUAUAUGCUCAUCAAUAUCUUCUACUGGAUCGGGGCCGCCUUGCCCCCGGCUCAGCACUGGGAUCUUAGCCGACUGGAACUAUCGCACAUUGAAGUCAAGGGUGGCGCUCCACCUCGAAACGCUAAGAUUGACAAUGUCAAUCCGACUUAUACGGAGGCUUUGUGGAAGGCCAUUGCGGUGACAGGCACUAGCAAUUGGGUGAAAGAAGCGGGCUGGGCACCCAAAACGCCAGCAUGGAAUGACUGGCUCAACGAAGCCGAGGAAGCUGCUCUGGGUGAGCCAUUGCAAGCUACCAAACGCAUCUCAGAAACCGGUAAGGAAGUUGAGACAUGGACGAUUCGCAAUUGGGACAGCAAGCACGCCUUGUCAACGUUGCUGCGUACGACAACUGAUCGGUUCAACGCAAAGAGAUGA